AUGGCAGUCGAUGAUUCCUGCAGAAAGCCUGGAGCUGGUCCUUUUAAGUGGGAGAUCCGAGCCGGUGUUCCCAAGCUCCAACAUCAGCAACAAAAACAGAGGCAGCCUCCGCCGCAAUUGCCACCACUGACAUCGGCUUUUAUAAACCAACGUUCAUCGCCGAGUCCUCCGCCCGGACCUCCUCAGCAAAAGCUUAAGCCUCCACCAGCUGGAUCCUACUACAACCUAUCUCCGGAUCCCCGAACUCACUCUUUUAGGUCUACACCCAAUGCCCGAUCCGAGAUUUCCCGGUUCAAUCAACCCACCCGAAUCAAACCCGAAUGUGUCUCACCCGGGUGCUUCCCGGCACCAUUGCUUAGGCGAACGAGAAGCAAUAAGAGGACCCGAAAACUAAAACCCGAAUCCAAUUAUGUUUCAGACCUCCAGAGCCAAUCGCGAUGGUCGUUAUCAAGCCGGAGGCCACUUGCACCGUUCUACAACUCUCCGGCUUCGUCCUUUUCAUCUUUUAGGUCAUCGCCCCGACCUGUGACUGAUAUCGCCGGGCUUGGAUUUUUCUAA